GGGUCCGCCAUCUCCAUGGCCACGGCUCUGAGUGGGUCCUGCGCCGGCAGGUCGCGGGACAUACUGUGGCACGUUUUGGGCUGGAGGAUAGUUUUAAGUAUUGUUUGGUCAGUGCUGCUUCUACCCAUCUGUACCACAGUAUUUAUAAUCUUCAGCAGCAUUGAUUUAUUUCAUCCUAUACAGUGGCUGUCAGAUUCUUUGAAUGAUCUAUAUAGUUCCUAUGUAAUCUUCUACCUCCUGCUGCUGUCAGUGGUAAUAAUAAUAAUAAGUAUUUUCAAUUCAUGUGUUUUCUUUGCAGUUGUGCCUUCCAUCCCCUGCUCCAGACUAGCACUGAUAGGGAAGAUCAUCCAUCCUCAGCAACUCAUGCACUCGUUUAUUCAUGCUGCAAUGGGAAUGGUGACGGCUUGGUGUGCUGCAGUGAUAACCAAGGGCCGGUACAGUUUUCUUGUGGUUCCCUGCACUAGUACUGAGAGCUUAGAUAGCCCUGCUGCACAAAACUGCUUAAAUGAGUAUCAUCUUUUUUUCCUACUGGCUGGAGCAUUUAUGGGCUAUACCUAUAGCCUCCUGUAUUUUGUUAACAACAUGAACUAUCUUCCUUUUCCCAUCAUACAGUUUCACAGGCCUCUCGACACUGUGCGUGGCCUUUUGAAUCUCUCAUUACUCUACCAUGUCUGGCUGUGUGGUGUCUUUCUCCUGACAACUUGGUACAUGUCAUGGAUACUCUUCAAAAUCUUUGCCACAGAGGCUCAUGUGUUCCCUGUUCAGCCACCAUUUGCAGAAGAGUCAGAGGAGUCCCUCCCAAAAGUUUUAAAUAGCAAUCCUCCCCUCAUCAUAAAGUAUUUAGCCUUGCAGGACCUGAUGUUGCUUUCUCAAUAUUCUCCUUCACGAAGACAAGAAGUUUUUAGCCUUAGUCAACCAGGGGGACAUCCUCACAAUUGGACAGCCAUUUCAAGGGAGUGUUUGAAUCUUUUAAAUGAUAUGACUCAGAAACUGAUUCUUUACCAAGAAGCUGCUGCUACGAAUGGGAGAAUGUCUUCAUCUUGCCUAGUGGAACCUAAGAAAAUGACCUCUCCAGAAGAAACUACUUUUCAAACACCAAAAUCCAGCCAGAUGCUUCGGCCUUCCAUGCCACCAUUAGUUAAAACAUCCUUAUUUUCUUCAAAAUUAUCUACACCUGAUGUUGCAAGUCCCCUUGGGACCCCAUUUGGCUCUAGUGUAGUGAAUCGGAUGGCGGGAAUUUUUGAUGUAAACACCUGCUAUGGGUCACCACAAAGUCCUCAGCUAAUAAGAAGGGGGCCAAGAUUGUGGACAUCUGCGUCUGAUCAGCAAAUGAGUGAAUUUUCUAAUCCUUCUCCAUCUACCUCUAUUAGUGCCGAGGGUAAGACAGUGAGACAACCCAGUGUGAUAUAUUCAUGGAUUCAGAAUAAACGUGAACAGAUUAAGAAUUUCUUGUCAAAACGGGUGCUGAUAAUGUAUUUUUUCAGUAAGCACCCGGAGGCCUCCAUUCAGGCUGUUUUUUCAGAUGCCCAAAUGCAUAUUUGGGCAUUAGAAGGUCUGUCUCACUUAGUGGCAGCAUCAUUUACAGAAGACAGAUUUGGAGUUGUUCAGACUACACUACCAGCUAUCCUUAAUACUUUGUUGACGCUGCAAGAGGCAGUCGACAAGUACUUCAAACUUCCUCAUGCUUCCAGCAAACCACCCCGGAUUUCGGGAAGCCUUGUGGACACUUCUUAUAAAACAUUAAGAUUUGCAUUCAGAGCAUCACUGAAAACUGCCAUCUAUCGAAUAACUACUACAUUUGGUGAACAUCUGAACGCCGAGCCUCUUCUGCCUCGCGCGGCGGCCCGAGGCCGGCGGGCAGCGCCGGACUUCAGCCGGCCGCCGCCUGUCAAACCCUCCGCCCAGCCCGCCGGCCCCGCCCGGGCCCCAGGCGAGGAGGCCCCGCCCUCGCGCCACGAUUGGCCCCGGCCGGGCGGCCGCGGCGAGCCAGUGGCCCGAGCUGCUGUCUGGCAGCCGCGGGCCGGCCCGCCCCCCGGGGGUGCCGCCCCGCAGGACGCUGCGGCGGCGGCGGCGGCAGCUGCGGGGGCUGCGGCGCCAGUGGAGGCGCGCCGAGCUGUGCGCCCCGCGAACUGCAGCCGCCGCGGCGAGGUGAGAAGGGGCGCGGCCGGCGGCCGGGGGAGGGGGCGGGCGCGGGGCCCGGGAUCCAAGGCUGGCGUCCCUGCGUCGCUCGAAUCCCAGCAGCUUUGGGAUGGCGCGGGAAGCGCCGAGGGGAACGAGAAUUUGGGGGCCCCAGGCCCUCGCUCCGGCAGGGAUGACGGAAGGGCCCAGGCUCUGGCGCGGGACCCCCAGCGUGCGCGUGUGGCCAGAGCGUGA